AUGGAUCUAGUACCGGCGAACAUGCUGACUGUUAGCUGUCUUCGAGAGGAGAAAUUCAGUUUGAAGACGUCAUGUCCGAUUUGUAAAGAAGAAUUUGAUCCGAAGCUAAACAUUCCGAAAGUUUUGAGUUGUGGACACUCGAUCUGUGUGAAUUGUCUGAAACGUCUGCUGGAAUCUGUACAAGUAUCUUACUCUGGAAAUGGCGAAGUCUUCACUUCUCUCUCGUGUCCAAUAUGUCGAGCUUCAAUGGAAACUCGACAAGCGAAAAGUUUCCCGAAUAACUUCCAACUGUUGGAUGCUAUUGCACCUGAAGACGCUCGUAUCAUGACUUGUCCAGUUUGUAAACUAACUGGUGCCGAAUCUUCGUUCCAUAUCUGUCGUGAAUGCACUAUCCAGAAUCAUCAAUUUGAUAUUCAGGAAAUUUUGAAGGAAAAGCCUCCAAUUCACCCAGAUAACUACACGAUUUGUUCGACAUGUGUGCUGAAAGAACACAACAAAGAAGGUCAUACUGUCAUUUCGUAUGUUCCAGUGAGACUCGAUCAUCAGUUCAAAACAAACAAGAAAAGUGUGGACGUUCUUAAAUCUCAAAUGACUGAAAAGUUCUCGUCUGUUCGAAUAAUUUUGUCUACAAUUCCGCAACUUGUUGCCAAAAAAGAAGCAGAAAUUAACAGAAUUGUGGAGCUUAUGGAAAGAGCGAAAAGUCUACAGAGUUUAAAUAAAAUAUUCGAAAAAUACAAAAUGGAAAUGAAUGAAAUCAUAAACAUUCUGAAUCUUCUGAUCGAAGGAGGUGGAAAACUGAAUGAAAUGGUCGAAAUUAAGCUUAAAAAUCUGGAGAAAGCUAACGAAGAAAUAGAUGCAAAACAUUGUUUUGCAGAGAAGAUAAAUUUGCUGGAAGUUCUGAAAAUCAAGCCUGAAGAGAUAGAAGGCGCUGUUGUGGAGCUCGAAGAGCCAAAAACUCGCAUUCAGAAGAUAAAAGAGCUUAUCUGGAACACUGUAUCUCCGAUCUGGAAUCAAAUCAAUCAUAAUUCAUUAAAAAUUCUCAAUGAAGACAUCCACCUGGCCCACCAGAAACUUUUCAUUGCCUUCAUCAUUUUCUAUGGAUUCUUCCUCUUUUUCAAGAACAUUUUGGUUUUAUUCUAG